UAACUCCGCAGAAAAUUUAAUUUAGCUGAAUAAAAUGGCUUUCCGCAUCCCAUUUGGCAAGAAACACGCUGAAAUCGCGUCGUCCUUCGCUCGCUCUGGAGCUGGAUUCGGUGGGGCCGCUGGCCUGGCUCUGCUGUACUACACCGACUGGAAGCUUGUUCUGCAGUACGUUCCCAUCUAUGGCUCCAAAUACGACAAGGCCGAAUAAAUAUGGCAUUCGUAACAUCCAUACGUUGUGUUGAGUUGGUCAUUCCAAAUUGACCACAAUAGUUUUGCUUAGUAAAUAAAAUAAGUUUAAACGAUCUA